AUGCAGGAGGAGUUCGACGCCUUACAGCGCAACCGCACGUGGCAACUUGUUCCGCGACCCCUUCGUGCCAACAUCAUCUCUGGCAAGUGGGUGUUUCUCCACAAGACUCGCCCGGACGGUUCUCUCGAGCGCUACAAGGCUCGAUGGGUGGUUCGUGGUUUUCGGCAGCGCGCGGGCAUGGACUUCACCGACACCUUCGCCCCGGUUGUGAAACCGGGCACGAUCCGCGCCGUCCUUCAGCUGGCCGUCUCGCGCGCCUGGCCUGUGCAUCAGUUGGACGUUUCCAACGCCUUCUUGCACGGUCAUCUCGCCGAGCAGGUGUUCUGUCAGCAGCCUAUUGUUUUCGUCGACGCCGAGCACCCCGACUUCGGAGCUGACACUGCAUAUCUGCUGCUCUACGUCGAUGACAUCAUCCUCACGGCGUCCACCCCCGAUCUCCUUCAGCGGCUGACUGCUCGUCUUCGUGAUGAGUUCGCCCUCAAGGACUUGGGGCCCCUACACUACUUUCUCGGCAUCGAGGUGAUCCGCCGGGCUGACGGUUUCUUUCUGCAUCAGCAGAAGUACGCCCAUGAGCUCCUUGAGCAUGCCGGUAUGCUUAACUGCAAGCCGGCGCCCACCCCCGUCGACACGAAGGCGAAGGUUUCUGCUCUGGAGGGGUCUCUCGCGUCCGAUGGAGCGUUUUAUCGCUCUAUUGUCGGUGCUUUACAGUACUUGACGCUGACUCGCCCCGACCUGCAGUACGCUGUUCAGCAGGUGUGCCUCCAUAUGCACGCCCCGCGUGACUCUCACUGGACUCUGAUGAAGCGUAUUCUCCGUUACAUACGCGGCACCAUGUCCUUGGGACUCACCCUGACGGCCUCCGCCUCCAUCGACCUCGUGGCCUACUCGGAUGCUGACUGGGCUGGCUGGCCCGACACGCGACGCUCUACGUCAGGCUACUGCGUCUACCUUGGGCCCUCGUUGAUCUCUUGGUCAUCGAAGCGGCAACCCACGGUCUCCCGCUCCAGCGCCGAGGCAGAGUAUCGCGCCGUGGCUAACGCUGUAGCCGAGUGCUCUUGGAUACGUCCGCUGCUCCAGGAGUUGCUUUGUGAUGUUCACAAGGCCACUCUUGUCUACUGCGAUAACGUCAGCGCGGUCUACCUCUCCGCCAACCCGGUGCACCAUCGACGGACGAAGCAUAUUGCCUACUCCCGUCUUUGA